CUAGUAGAGCGGGCUCUGCUCCGAGCUGUCCGGGGCCGCCGCAGCCAAUCGGGAGUGAGCAGCGCCGGGUGCCCUUGUACCAGCCGCCCCGGAGAGCCGCACCACGGUCCCCCAAGCAAUCUCCCCAUCCCCUUCCCAGCAGCGUUAAGGGCUCGUUUCCCCGUUGCCCUCGGGGGCUCCGUGAGCCGGCAUGCUGGCUCUCCUGGCUGGGCUGCUGUUCUCCCUAGUCUCCGGGGCCAGCUGGCGGGGAGUGAGGGGCCAGGAGAGCCCCUCGGGGAGCCGAUUCGUGUGCACCUCCCUGCCGCUGGACGCUGCCCCCUCGGGCUGCCCGCUACCCCCGGUCCCUAUGCAGGGGGGCGCGCUCCCUUCCGAGGAGGAGCUGAAAGCCACCGUGCUGCAGCUGCGGGAGACCAUCCUGCAGCAGAAGGAGACCAUCGGCAACCAGCGGGAGACCAUCCGGGAGCUGACCAGCAAGCUGAGCCGCUGCGAAACCUCCCCCGGCCCCGACGGCAAGCCCGGGCCUGGAGGGUGGAGAAAAGAGUUGCCCAAAGGCAAAGACACCAUGGGGGACCUGCCCCGGGACCCCACUCAGGUCAUCGACCAGCUGAGCCGGACCAUGCAGACGCUGAAGGACCGGCUGGAGAACCUGGAGCACCAACUUCGAGCCAAUGUCUCAUAUGCAGCCCUGCCUAAUGAGCUUCGAGAGAUGCUUCAAAGGAGGCUUGGAGAUCUAGAGCGCCAGCUUUUAAGCAAAGUGGCUGAACUUGAGGAUGAGAAAUCCCUGCUUCAUAAUGAAACUUCAGCCCAUCGGCAGAAGACAGAAACAGCCCUGAGUGCAUUGCUGGAAAGAGUUUCUGAAUUAGAAAAAGGAAGCAGUGCAUUUAAAUCACCAGAUGAAUUCAAGGUCGGUCUCCCUCUUCGCACAAAUUAUUUAUUUGGGAAGAUCAAGAAGACCUUACCAGAGUUGUAUGCAUUCACUGUGUGCUUGUGGCUGAGGUCGAGUGCUUCUCCUGGAAUUGGAACACCAUUCUCCUACGCUGUCCCUGGGCAGGCUAACGAAAUUGUUCUGAUUGAGUGGGGCAAUAAUCCAAUCGAAUUGCUAAUUAACGACAAGGUUGCCCAGCUUCCUCUGUUUAUUAGUGAUGGGAAGUGGCAUCAUAUCUGCGUCACGUGGACCACUAGAGAUGGAAUGUGGGAGGCUUUUCAGGAUGGAGAGAAACUUGGCACUGGGGAAAACUUAGCCCCUUGGCACCCAAUUAAACCCGGAGGGAUUCUGAUUUUGGGUCAGGAGCAGGACACGGUUGGAGGAAGAUUUGAUGCAACUCAAGCCUUUGUUGGGGAGAUGAGCCAGUUCAAUAUAUGGGACAGGGUCUUAAAAGCAGAAGAUAUCAUGAAUAUUGCUAACUGCUCUACCAACAUGCCUGGAAACAUCAUACCCUGGGUUGAUAACAAUGUUGAUGUAUUUGGAGGUGCAACUAAAUGGCCCGUGGAGACAUGUGAAGAGCGUUUGCUAGAUUUAUAGCUACAAUCAUUUUUUCUAUUUAAGUGCCCCCAUUUUAUUAGGACAACUUCUUGUAAGGUCUGUCACACUUAUUUCCUCACCAAAUGAAUUGAGUACAAAUAAAGUUGGUAGUUCUUGGCAUGAAUCCUGAAGAUGAAAGAGGCACCUGUUGGCUCAAAUAGUAGUUGUCUUAAGGCAGAUCCAAAGACACCUAUUGAGUUCAAUAGGCUUUGGAUCUGGUUCUUGCUUGGUACACUAAUAUCUUCUGCAAAUGUUUCCUGUAUCAAGUGGCAGAAUUUCUCCUGCCUGAUACUAUAUGAUAAAAAGCUUUGUGCUUUGUAAGAGGCAAAACAUACACCUUGAUAUUGCAUCUUCCCCCACCUCUAUUCAAUACUUUCUUUUACAACCUUUUUAAAGAAAUGAGGUAAUCCUUAUACUACAUUUACCAUAUCUUAAUUCAACACACCUGAGACCUGCAGAUAGUAGCAGAAUAGCCACUACCCACAUUAUAGAAGGUAACUGCUUUACAAUUUAGAAUUCUUAUCUUGUGGUGUCAUGACCUAAACACUCUGCUUCCUCCCCAGACCUGAAGAAGAGCUCUGUGUAGCUCACAGGUUUGUACCUUCUACCAACAGAAGUUGGUCCAAUAAAAGAUGACCCCCACCCUCCCCAUCUUGUUGUCUCUCUUAGGUCAUAAAAGACUAUAUGAUGCAAAUGCUAUUCCACUCCAAAUUCAGAGACAGAGCUAGAUACUCAGCUGAUGUAAAUCAGCAUAGCUCCAUUGAUUUCAUGGAGCCACAUCAAUUUAUACCAGCUGAGGUUCUGGCUACCAGUCAGUGUUCCCUCUGCCCCUUUCCACUCCCAUGAGUAAGGUGAUGGUUGAAUGACUAUACUCGUAUUCCAUGUAGGUUGAUGAGUGUGCUGCAUUUUUCUCUCUGAAUUCUAUCACUCUAAUCUGUUUUUUCUUUUCUAAAUACAUAUAAAAUGUUUCUAAGUGAAUUUCAGUUUUGUUUUGCUCUGAAAGGUCUUUUUAUAAGCAAGUGCCAAAGUUCAGUUCCCAUUUGCUAAGAAUCACAUAUAUUUUUCCAACAUAAGUCUCUAUUGCAGACACUUCCUGUGUUAUGGUUCUAUGUGCUAUGACUAAUGUGCUGGCUUUCAAUUCUUGUUAAUCGUCUUGACUUCUGUAAGCAUUGAGCUGACUUUAUAAAGUAUAUUUUAUUAUGCUUUUUAUUCUUUCUCAAUACUCUGGAGACAGUUGUAUUUUCUUGAUAUUGGUGACUCUUUGGUUUUUGGCUUGCAGAUAGCAUAUGUACUGUACCAGAAAGAGUUAAUACUCUCUUAUUGAUUUAAAGAAAAGUGAUUUUUAAAAGAGGACAUUUAUAAAAUUAAAUAUCAUAUAUUUUAUUUUUCAUGUUUUGAAUUGUAAGAAUCUCUAUAGUGACAGUUCCAUUUGUUGGAUAAAGUUACAUAAUCCCACUAAUAUGUAGUAUGUUCUUAAAGGAAAAAUUCUUAUAAUUUU